CGUUCUACUCAGUUCGUUAUCAGUCUAGUGAAAGACAACUGCUAGAAUACAGAUCCAGCUUCAGCUUUUUCUUCAACCCAAAGCUUUGAUCUUUAACUAAAGCCAAAAUGCGUUCCGUUCUCGUCUUGGGUUUAAUUGUGGCCGCUUUUGCUGUCUACACCUCAGCACAACCCUAUCAGUUACAAUACGAGGAAGAUGGUCUCGAUCAGGCAGUGGAACUUCCUAUUGAAGAAGAACAACUUCCGAGUCAGGUGGUGGAGCAGCAUUACCGUGCGAAACGUGCAACCUGUGAUCUCUUGAGUCCCUUCAAAGUGGGUCAUGCCGCCUGCGCACUUCAUUGUAUUGCUUUGGGACGUCGUGGAGGCUGGUGCGAUGGUCGAGCCGUUUGUAAUUGCAGACGUUAAUCUAAAGUGCUUCUAUUAUUAAUA